GUGUGAAGCGACAGAGGAGGUGGCGGAAUACCUGACAGAGGCUGUGACCUUGUGUAACAAUCCAUGCGUUGUUUGCUCUGCUUUGCUUCGAUGGAAACAUGUAUGUGUGAGUAUAUAUAUGUGCGUAUGUGUGAUUGAUCGACCGUUGGAAUGACUGACAGAGCGACUGAUUGUUUGUCUGAAUGUCUGUGUGCAAUUGACUCGCUGCCGUUGCUUGUGCUUCUCUCUCUCGCGUGACUGAUUGACUGAGUGUGAGGGAUGGAGGAGCCCGAGCUGCAGGGCAACAGACUCAAGCGCAAGCACUCACGAGGCAGCCACAGCUCACAUCGCAACAAGAAAAACAAGAAAGACCGGUAGAACCUCUGCAGACACACACACAAUGUCACCAUUCUUCGUUCACUGCCUUUGUUUUGUUUUGUUUCGUUCAGAGACGCGUCGAGCAGCGGCCAGGAGGACAAGCAGCGAUCAGACGACGAGAACCACGACAGAGAGAGCGCCGUCAUGCUCUCGAGGCUGCGCUGCCAACUCAUACCGGUGCACACACACUCUCAAUGAGCAUCCGUUGUGAGUGUGUGUGAAUGUGGAUGUGUGUGUCUCAGGUGAAGGAGGAGGGCGAGCAAGGAACCGACAAGGAGGACGAUGGUGACCAAGACAACGACAAUGAGGACGAGGCCGGCCGCCAGCACGACAGCACCUCGGGCCGAUGGAUGCAGCUGCUGGCCAUGCUGCAAGAGGAGCAGAGACUCGAGGUCGGUCGCUGUGUGUGUGCAUCGAUUUGUGGGCCUCAGGUGUGUCUGUCGUCAGUCUGCUGCUGCUGGUGCGUCUCGCGCUGCUGGCAACACGUCGGAGGCCGCUGCUGCUGCGGCGGCGGCCGACCAGAGCAACAAACGGGUCAGCCAAGCCAGGAAGGAAUAUGGGCGAUGGAUGGAUGGAUGGACUUGUGUGUGUGCAGGAUGGAUCGAUGAUCGAGAAAUGCUCCAUCCUGUCGUUCUUCAAGUGACUCGACCAUACAUCGACAGACAAAAAUGGUGGCAUUCGUGUGCAAUCGAAGGCUACUCAGACCAUUUGUGGCACAGAAACCAUUCGCUGGGUCUGC